AUGGGGUCCAUUUCUCCUGGCAGUGUCACCAGCAAGGCCAGCAAAAGCAGCACUGAUGCGGAAUUCUUCAGCCUUGGUAGCGACAGCAGACUGAGAACCGGCAACAGUGAGAUGAGGCACGCUGAAGACAUAGCCGACAGAAACAUAGAGCACUAUGGGUCCAAUUCUUCGCGGCAUAGCUCCCUUGGGUGCCAGAACGCAGGCAACCAGUUCGCGCAGGAUCAUAAUGCACGCAGACAAUCUAUCGCAGCCUCUAUCAAAUCCUUGGGGUCUGUGCCCUCGUCUCCUGCUAGAUCUGUCCUGGGUUCGCUCAACUUUUCUGGUCUGCCGAAGUAUUCGCUCGGGACUGGGGUUGCUACUGAAGGUGGUCUCGUUGAUAGAAUCCUACCUCAUGUUGAGGAUCCUAAUGCUCGACCAUAUGACCGAAAGAAUUGGCCGACGCGAAUUGCCCGCGAUGAGUCUCAUCACUCAUCAAACCGCGACUGGCGCGCGAGUGACGACGACGAUACCUCCAAUGGAAAGCGUGGAACGAAGGAAAGAGAUGGCACUAUGGACAUUUGUGAAGCUAUUUUGGCAGGCACAGGUCGUUAUGAUCUGAAGGCCGCUUUGGAUGGAGUGGUCGAUUUGAACGACACGGAAGAUACGGAUCGGGACGUCCAGUGGGCUCCAGCUGUUACUCAGGAAGUUGUGAAACCGCACCAGCACAAAGUGACCGAGGAGCGCAUCUAUCGCGAGAUCCAUAACCACGACAUCUAUCGCUACAUCCAACCCGUCUAUCAAACCGAGAUACUACCUGCUCGGCACUUUUUCUACAACACAAACAAUGAACUGGUCGAAGUGUCGGCUGAUCAGCUUCCGGAGUGCACUGGUGCGAAGCAACGAUGGGCUCUUGUCCGAGGUGACAAGGAUAAACCCACAUCGCACGCCGUUCGGAGCGCACUGCCGCGUCGAGAGCUGAAGAUACUUUCCGACAAGACGUACAUGACAUCAGAAGGGUACGAGCGGAGAGAGACCACGAUUUUGCACCCACCUGAGCUAGAGGAUCUGUCAAACUAUGGUGGCCCGGUCGUCCCUAUCGAGUUCCUGCAUCAUCCGGCGCCGGUGGAUCAAGAGUUAAAGGAAGAGAAGAAGGUUGACCAUCUCCACAAUAGUCGGCAGUUAACGAUGGAGGGAUUGUCCAAUGCUUUGCCCUCGUUUCGUCCCGGGAGUUCUUCUUCUUCUUCAUCGCGGGCACCCACUGGCAGCUCUGCGUCGUCGCCUGCUUCGAAGCGGCUUUCCAUUCCACGGAAACCGGUCCCUGCUCCUCCCUCUUACUAA